CCUCUUAGCUGCAGGAGUGUGCUCACGCCUUCUAGAAUGCGCAUGUGUGCGAAGCCGAUUACCUAUUUUAUUUAUUGUCGUCCGUUAAUUAAGUAGGUCUUUGAUUGAGGGGGGUGGGGGGAAAUAAAAUAUAAAUAAAUAAAAAAUGCGUACUUUGAUGAAUUCCAGUUUCGAAUGUUCACUGAGGGUAUCUAUCGUCUUGGUGACUCUAAACAUGGUGCUAAUAAUAUCGAUGGCGGAGUAGCCCUUCCCCCAGAGCUCCUCCAGCUUCUCCAGCGCCACGUCUAUCUUUCCGGUGUAGCAAGCUUUGAUCAGGGCCUGCACAGCGAUGGGGUGCGGGGAGUCGACGACUUUGAAGACAUUGUCCGCACUGACGAAGCCGAAGCCCGCAACCGUGCUCUGCAGGUUGUUGAUGGCCUGACGCAUAUCCCCCUCGGCGGAGAAGAUCAGCGCGGCGAGGCCCUCCUCCGAGUGCUCCACCUUCUCCGCGACGCAUAUCUCGAGCAGGCGACGGAGCACCUGCGAGUCCGUGAGGCGGGAGUAGCGGAGGAUGGCGCAGCGGGAUUGCAGCGGCUCGAUGAUCUUGUUGCUCUGGUUGCAGGCGAACGCGAAGCGGGUCGUGGAGGAGUAUAUCUCCAUCGUGCGACGGAGCGCCUGCUGCGCUCCCGCCGUCAUGCUGUCCGCUUCAUCGAGGAUCACGAUCUUCUGCCUUCCGAGUGGGAGAGUAACCUUCUUCUGCGCAAAUCCCUUGAUACGGUUCC